UUUCUGAUGCUAGCUGGUGUUUCGUUUGUGCGGAAGGAAGGCGGAUGCGGCCAGGAAGAUGAGGUGGGAGGCGGCAUACGUGGAGCUGCUUCUCGGUGCUAAUCAGAAGCUCGCCGAACUCAGAGAUAGUGACCUGGAUGAUGAUUCCAGAACUUGUGCGGAAACCCCCAACUCCAAGGAAGUUGGAGGAUGCGCAAAGCUGAACCAGGACGCCGUGGAUCACAUUGCAAGCGAUUUGAGUGCAAAGCUAAGAAAACUAAAGCAAGCUUAUGAGACCCUGAGCUCUAAGAAGGACAAGGAAGUUUCCGCAUUGCUCUCGGAAAAGGAUUCUCUGCGUAGCCAAUCGGAUGUAAUGCAGCAGGACUACGCCGAAAGCAGCACUAAAGCUUCUGUAGAUGAGCUUGAGGUGUUGGCCCAAAAGAAGGAUGUUGAAAUUGACAGAUUGCAAGCAGAAGCUGUUGAAGCCAAAAGGAGUCACGACAAUGAUCUUUCUGCAUUAGUCUCGGAAAAGAAUUCUGUACAGAACCAGUUGAGUGUAAUGCAGCAGGACUACACUAAGCUCCUGAAGAAAAAGAAAGUUUUGACCCAAAAGAAGGAUCAUGAGAUUGUCAUAAUGCGAUCAGAAGCUAUUGGUGCCAAAAUGAAGGUGCAGAAAAUGCGCUCCUUGUUCAAGGAGAAAGAUGAUGAAAUACAAAUACUCGUUGAAUCUGUUCAGAAGCACUUCAAGGAUAUCAGCGAGACACGUAAAAGAUCCAGGUCUGUUGAUCCAGCUGUAACUACAAGGGGUAAACUGAAAAACAGUAAUCCUAGGCAAACAGUAGAAGAAGAUUACAUUUCUCAAACAAAAACAGUGGAAAAAGAUGGGCAAGGAAAAACUACUCAGAAGCGCAGGCGUGCCUCUUCAAUGUCAAAUGACUGUGAGAUGAUUGGAAACGACCAGGAUUUUGAUGAGCAGAGUGAAAGUGACAAGGAUGGUGACACGCAGAGUGAAAGGGACGAGGAUGGUGAUGAGCAGAGUACAAGUGAUGAGAACAGUGAUGAACAGAGUAGAAGUGGUGGUGAUGAUGAUGAUGGGCAGAGUAGAAGCGAUGAGCAUAGUCAGAGUGGAAGUGAUAAGGAAACAACAAACAACCCAAUUCUAAAGCCUCCCGGGAAUCACAAGAGGAAGAGAGAUGCUGCCAAUGGCAAAAGCGACAGUGAAAGCAAUGUGUAAAUACUCAACUUCUGCUGCAAAGUUUAUCUUUAUAAUAGUAUAUAUAACUGUAUUUGAUAUAGUUGACUUAAAAAAAAUUUAGUCCUUUGUUAA